AUGAAUACCUCAACCGACACCAAUACAGUUGCCGACAAGAAGAUCGUCCGAAAGAUCAGCCCUCCUUCUGUUCGAGGCAAGAAGCGUCAAGUUCGUGGUGGCAACCAAUAUCGUUCCUACAACAGUCGGAAUCACGAUAACAACAAUGCCGGCCUGAAGCGACAAAAGACCCACCAUGAACCCAUGGAAUUGGACCCAAUCUUUCCCAAGUUGGAUCAGUGGGAUCCUGUACACGGUCGGCGAAUCCAACAGCGUCGGAAGGCUGUCACUAUUGGCAAGAACACGCCUGGUUACCUUGCGUAUUGCAAGCAGGUUCCCAAAGAACAGCGAAGGCCUCGAUCCAUGGAAACUCCUCCGACUCCGGAUCAUACUCUGGAUAUACCCACCAAGCGCUGGCAGGGAAUGGUGAAGGCUUGGCGCCGGGCACUUCAUAACUAUGAUCCCAAAGACCUCGUCUCCUUGCAUAAUAGUGGCAAUGACGAUACUGCUACCGCGGAGCCAAGUAAGAACGAGCAAGAGAAUGGCAAUGCGCAAACACAGCAGAUUGAAGAUGCCAUUGCGAAGGGUCUGUUGCUGGAUGUGACCACUCCUCGCAAGAGCUACAGUGACAUUGUGCUGGGAUCGCCCGUGUCCGUGUUGAGCGAGGGCAGUCCUCGUCGGCUUGAUGACAGCAUCAUGGAGGACAUGACUGUGGAUGCCGACUUGGCCAGAGAGGAUAGUGAUGAUGAUGAUGAAUUGCUCUAG